GCCCGGGGCGCGCCGAGCGCGGGCAGCGGGGCUGGGGCACGGCACGGCACGGCAGGGCUCGGCUCGCACGGGCGAUACUCCUUAGAUUCAUGAGAUGGCCAACACCACGCAAAUCUCCAAAGAUGAGCUGGAGGAACUCAAGGAGGCCUUUGCCAAAGUUGACCUCAACAGCAAUGGGUUCAUCUGUGACUAUGAGUUGCAUGAGCUCUUCAAGGAAGCCAACCUUCCUCUCCCUGGCUACAAAGUGAGGGAGAUCAUCCAGAAGCUCAUGAUUGAUGGUGACAAGAACAAGGAUGGGAAGAUCAGUUUUGAAGAGUUUGUCUACAUUUUCCAGGAGGUGAAGAGCAGUGACAUUGCUAAGACCUUCCGAAAGGCCAUCAACAGGAAGGAGGGCAUCUGUGCCAUCGGGGGCACCUCCGAGCUCUCCAGCGAGGGCACGCAGCACUCCUACUCAGAGGAAGAAAAAUAUGCCUUUGUCAACUGGAUAAACAAAGCCCUGGAAAACGACCCCGACUGCAGGCACGUCAUUCCCAUGAACCCCAACACAGACGACCUGUUCAAAGCUGUGGGAGAUGGGAUUGUGCUGUGCAAAAUGAUCAACCUUUCCGUUCCGGACACCAUUGAUGAGAGAGCAAUUAACAAGAAGAAGCUCACCCCAUUCAUCAUUCAGGAAAACCUGAACUUGGCACUGAAUUCUGCAUCUGCCAUUGGCUGUCAUGUUGUCAAUAUUGGUGCAGAGGAUUUGAGGGAAGGGAAACCCCACCUGGUCCUUGGGCUUCUCUGGCAGAUCAUUAAGAUCGGCUUGUUCGCCGACAUCGAGCUCAGCAGAAAUGAAGCACUGGCUGCCUUACUUCGUGAUGGUGAAAAUCUGGAGGACCUUAUGAAGCUCUCCCCAGAAGAGCUGCUCCUAAGAUGGGCCAACUUUCACCUGGAGAACGCAGGCUGGCACAAAAUCAAUAACUUCAGCUCGGAUAUCAAGCUUACAGACUUUGGUAACUCAGUCAAGGAUUCCAGAGCCUAUUUCCACCUCCUCAAUCAAAUUGCACCCAAAGGGCAGAAGGAAGGAGAGCCUCAGAUCGAUAUUAACAUGUCGGGUUUCAACGAGCGGGACGACCUGCGCCGGGCAGAGUGCAUGCUGCAGCAGGCGGAGCGCCUGGGCUGCCGCCAGUUCGUCACGCCCGCAGACGUGGUCAGCGGCAACCCCAAGCUCAACCUGGCCUUCGUCGCCAACCUCUUCAACAAGUACCCAGCGCUCACCAAGCCUGAGAACCAGGACAUCGACUGGACCCUGCUGGAAGGAGAGACCCGAGAGGAGCGAACCUUCCGCAACUGGAUGAACUCCCUGGGCGUGAACCCCCACGUGAAUCACCUCUAUGGUGAUCUCCAAGAUGCACUGGUAAUACUGCAGCUGUAUGAGAAGAUCAAGGUUCCUGUGGACUGGAAUAAAGUGAACAAACCUCCAUACCCUAAGCUGGGAGCAAACAUGAAGAAGCUAGAAAACUGCAACUAUGCUGUAGACCUGGGAAAGCAUCCAGCUAAAUUCUCUCUGGUUGGCAUUGGAGGGCAGGACCUGAACGAUGGAAACCCCACACUGACGCUAGCCUUAGUCUGGCAGCUGAUGAGGAGGUACACACUGAAUGUCCUGGAGGACCUGGGUGAUGGCCAGAAAGCAAAUGAUGACAUUAUAGUCAGCUGGGUAAACCAGACCCUGAAAGAAGCUGGCAAGUCCACCUCCAUCCAGAACUUCAAGGACAAGACCAUCAGCACAAGCUUGGCAGUUGUGGAUUUAAUUGAUGCUAUCCAACCUGGUUGUAUCAACUAUGACCUGGUGAAGACAGGUCAGCUAUCAGAAGAUGACAAGCACAACAAUGCAAAGUAUGCUGUGUCCAUGGCAAGAAGAAUUGGUGCCAGAGUUUAUGCCCUUCCAGAAGAUCUGGUGGAGGUAAAACCGAAGAUGGUCAUGACGGUGUUUGCCUGCUUGAUGGGCAGAGGGAUGAAGCGAGUAUAGAAGAGCUGAGCCUUGGGACGAGAAAGAGGAGGAGGAGGAGGAGGAGGAAGAAGAAGACAAAAACGAAGGAAAAAAGAAAAAAAUAAACCAAGAAAAGAAACAAAAUGCAGCAAAACCCCAACCUGCCCCCCAGCAGGUGCACGAGCAGCAGCUCAGCAGCGACCACAUCCAAGUGCUACUGGCCUAGGGACUGCCCAAGCUGAGAGGACCUUGGUUUUGCUUCGCAAGGCAGGCUCUGGUCGCUGCUGCCAGGGAGAGGGCUUUGAACCAGCAGCCAGGCUGUGCCCAAGGGAAAGCUGAGCUGCCCAGGAGCUCACGGAAAUGCAUUCACCCCACACCUGCACCUUGCCUUUGCUCCAGUAUUUCUCAGAUGCUUGAUGCAUAUUUUAGGGCUUUUUUUUCCCCUCUCUUUGGUUUUUUUUACCCCUCUCCUUGUUUUUUUUUCUCUUUCUUUUUUCCUCUUUGUUGAUUUUUUUUUCCUCUCUUUGUUUUUUUCCCCUCUCCUUGGUUUUUGUUUUGUCCUCUCUUUUUUUCUUCUUUCAUUUCUGUUUUUUCCUCUCUCUUCAGUUUCUUCUUUUUUCUCUUUGAUAUUUUUUCUGGGUUUUUUCCUCUCUUUGUUCUUUUUCUGUUUUUUUUCCCCAUCUGGUUUUUAUUCCUCUUUGUUUUUUCCUGUUCCUUUUUUUCUCUCUGUUUUUCUCUCUUUUUUUUCUGGUUUUUUUUUCCCUCUGAUUUUUUUCCUCUGUUUUUUUCCUCUUUUUUCCUCCUCUAUUUUUAAUCUUUUUUUCUCUCUCAUUUUUUCUGUUUUUUCCUUUUUUUCCUCCUCUUUUUUCUUUCUUUCUCUCUCUUUUUUUAUACCUCUUUUUUUCCCUCUUUGUUUUGUUUUCCCCUUUUUUUCCUCUUUUUUUUCCUCUCUUUGUUUGUUGUUUUUUUCUUAUUUCCCUCUUUGAUGUUUGUUUUUUUUUCCCCUUUAUUUAACCCCUGAAAUCUCCAAGAGCUGGGUCGAGUCAUAAUGGAAACCAACCCAGUUUCCCUCUGCAAUCCAUAGGGUCCAGGCUGCCUUUGAUUUCUUCCUCACCUUUGCAGAUGAAGUACAAGUACAGUACAAGUUGGGACCUGCAGGCCAGAUCUGAGAAGGGGGUGACUGGGAAGGUGGUGCCUUCCUGUAGUGGUAGAAAAGGUGGCACCUUCUUGUGGUGGUUGGGAUGGCAGCACCUUCCUCAAGUGGUUGGGAUAGUGGCAUCUUCAUGUGGUGGUAGGGAAGGUGGCACCUUCCUCCAGUGGCUGGGAUAGUAGCACUUUCCUGUGGUAGUGAGGAUGGUGGCACCUUCCUCCAGUGGUUGGGAUGGUGGCACCUGCAUGUGGUAGCAGGGAAGGUGGCAUAUUCCUGUGGUGGUAAGGAAGCUGGCACCUUCCUCUGGUGAUAGGGAAGGUGGCACCAUCAUGUGGUGGUAGAAAAGUUGACACCUUCCUCUGGUGGUAGGGAUGGUGGCAUCUUCCUGUGGUGGUAAGGAAGGUGGCACCUUGUUCUGGUGAUAGGGAAGGUGGCACCUUCCUCUGGUGGUAGGGAUGGUGGCACCUUGCUCUGCUAUUCUCUAGCCCUGGUGCUCUUUGCUACACCUUAGCCAAUGGGAAGGCAAAUAAAGCACAGCAGGUUUA